CCUAUCCACAACCCAAAAUUCAAAUCGAGGCGAUGAGUACAGACGAGAAAGAUAGCAGUUCUCUCGAGAAACCGCCAAGUAGCACAGAAGUAAAAGACAAAGUAGAGUUAUGGAAAAUUAACAAAGAAACCAAAGAACUAAUUAUAAAAAACUAUUCCGGUAAUGGAAAUAGUACCUGGGAAACCCUGCCUGAAUGCAGCUUGGCGGAAAUGGGUUUUGCGGAAUGUAGUAAAGAUAUAAAGUUCCGAUUUGAAUUUGGCAAAGAGAAUAUAAUCAGAAAAAUAACCAAUAUAUUGCAAAACAAAAUUGGCACCGAUAUGGUCGUACAUGUGGGCGAUCAAGACUUCCCUUGUCAUUGGCCUGUUUUGUAUUAUUACUCGGAAUACUUUAAGAAAUUUGAGAAAGUGAAUGAUAUUUUCUUAAGCUCGGAUAAGGUCACUCCGAAGGGUUUCCAACUGGUCUACGAAUGGAUGACCGAUAUAAAUGCUGAAAUCCCAUGGAAAAACUUCGUAGAUCUCUAUAUGGCUGUCGAUUUCCUUAAAAUUUCAGAACUUCACGAACUAAUAUGUUGUCGUCUGGACAAUCCCAAGUUGCUCUCUGGAUUCGAAGCCUUCAAAUUUUUCUUGCAGACUUUGCCUUUGAAUUCUGCCUUGCUGCAGGAUCUUAUGUUAACUCGCAUUAAUAAAUAUUUUCUGUUGGCCGUCGCAACGGAGGAAUAUCUCAACCUAGAACCAAAGCACGUCUUCAAUAUGCUCAACCAGAUGAAUAUGUGUGUCAAUUCUGAGAUGGAGAUGUUUAUGAGUGGUGUGAGAUGGUUGCUUUAUGACUGGCCAAAUCGAAAACAGUAUGCGGUGACAAUAAUGCAGGCCAUUCGCUUUAAUUUGAUGCCAGCUUGGUAUACCACAUCUCUGAAAUCAAAACACCAAAAUGCGAAUUUCCAGGAACUAUUGGACAUUUCGGAAGUCCAAACUAUGAUCAAUCUGGGCAUGUCAUUCUCGGUAACCCAUAACUUCUUAGAUCCCAUAUCGCCGCUAAGGGAGCCACUCCAGAUGCAAAAGCCACACGACCGCCAGUGGGUCUUCAAUCCAAAGGUUUCACAUCAUCACAGAUGCGAAUGCCCCAAGUGGCGUUUCCUGAGUAUAGAUGUUUUCAACCAGUAUUUGCAGGACAUUAUCAAUGCAGCCAUUCAAUAUGUUCCCUCCCUGGAGAAUGUGAAGCCAGGACAGCUGAUGCCCUGCUGCCAGGAAGCGUUGGAAAAGAAAUCAUUAAAUACAUAAGCCAGUGGAGAGUCUCGACCCGCCCCCUCAGUGUGUGUGCAUGUGUAUUUGGAUGGCUCAAAAACACACCCUUGGGUGCCAUAUAAUUGCCACAAAUAAUUUCAUUAGCCGGGUCGCAACGUUUGGGCUUUGGUUUCGCAUUCGCAUUAAGCGUUUCCAAUUAGUUGAAUGGCUGGUAUUUUGCUCAAUUAAUUGUCAACGUUUAUGAACUAAGCACUUAGCUGUGUGGACAUCUGAAGGUGUGUGUGUAUUUGUUUUCCCCCCCCCCCACACACACACACACACACACAACACUCAUUCGAAUGCGAAUGCCAAUUCGAGCAAACAAACUACAAUCACACAUGCAAAUGUCAUUGCCCCGGGCUGUCAGAUCCGCAAGCCGCAAAGAAAGAAAAACAAUUUUUGUUUAAACAACACCAAAGCCAGGGCAAAUGCUGUAAAACCUGGCGGAAAAACAAACCAAUCGACGGGCAUAAUCAAAAUAUUUUCACAAAAAAUAACACAAUUAACAUGCAGAAAUCAGGAAACAAAAUAAAAUCGAUUUCGCGUA